AAAAAAGAAAAAUAAAAAAAGAGAGCGAAAUAUUUCGCCGUGUAACUACUUUCACAUCAUCAUCAUCAUCACAUUCAUUCACAAUCGAUUUUUAUACUUCUCAAACGGUUUGAAUCUGUCCAGAUCCAAAGCUUCUCCACCUGAGAUCUCAUUUUCACCGGCGAAGCUAGCUCUCUCUCUCUCUCUCUCUAAUCGGAGAACAUAACACCAUGAAGCAGCUUCACAAGCAAAUGAGCUCGAAGCGUGACGAAGAAACGAUUCCCAUGAGCCAAUCAAGUCCUUACUCUCCCAAGGCCUUAAAGCAUCCCAGAUCUCUUCCCAGAUCUCUUCACUACCUCUUCCGCGAACAACGACUCCUCUUCAUCCUCGUCGGGAUCUUAAUCGGAUCCACUUUCUUCAUCCUCCAGCCUUCUCUUUCCCGUUUAGGCGCCGCUGAGUCCACCUCUCUUAUCACCAGAUCUGUUUCCUACGCCGUCACCGAUUCCCCGCCUUCCAGGACAACAUUUAAUUCCGGCGGCGGUGGGGUUAGAACCGGUCGUGUUCCCGUCGGUAUCGGACGUAAGAGACUGAGGAUCGUCGUCACCGGUGGAGCUGGAUUCGUCGGUAGCCAUCUCGUUGAUAAGCUUAUCGGGAGAGGGGAUGAAGUGAUCGUCAUUGAUAACUUCUUCACUGGUAGGAAGGAGAAUUUGGUUCAUCUAUUCUCCAAUCCUAGGUUUGAGCUUAUUCGACACGAUGUGGUUGAGCCUAUCCUCCUUGAGGUCGAUCAGAUUUACCAUUUGGCUUGCCCUGCUUCGCCUGUUCAUUACAAGUAUAAUCCAGUGAAGACUAUCAAGACAAAUGUAAUGGGGACUCUGAAUAUGUUGGGUCUUGCAAAGAGAGUUGGAGCAAGGUUUUUGCUCACCAGCACAAGUGAAGUCUAUGGAGAUCCCCUUGAGCAUCCACAGAAAGAGACUUAUUGGGGAAACGUGAACCCAAUCGGUGAGAGGAGUUGCUAUGAUGAAGGAAAGCGUACUGCAGAAACCUUGGCCAUGGAUUAUCACAGAGGGGCUGGUGUUGAGGUUAGAAUUGCUCGUAUUUUCAACACGUAUGGACCCAGAAUGUGCCUUGAUGAUGGGCGUGUUGUUAGUAACUUUGUUGCCCAGACCAUCCGCAAACUCCCAAUGACUGUUUAUGGCGAUGGAAAACAAACUCGAAGCUUUCAAUAUGUUUCAGACUUAGUGGAGGGACUUGUAGCUUUAAUGGAAAACGAUCAUGUAGGACCCUUCAAUCUUGGUAACCCAGGAGAAUUCACAAUGCUCGAGCUUGCAGAGGUGAUUAAGGAGGUGAUCGACCCAAGCGCGACCAUAGAGUUCAAACCGAACACAGCGGAUGAUCCCCACAAGAGGAAACCAGACAUAAGCAAAGCAAAGGAAUUGUUAAACUGGGAACCAAAGAUCCCACUGCGAGAGGGUCUGCCACGCAUGGUCAGUGACUUCCGUAACCGAAUCUUAAACGAAGACGAAGGCAAGGGUCUUUAAAGUGACACAGAGAUUCUUCUUCUUCUGCAAUGAUUUGGUAUAUGUAUAGUCUCUUUUACAAAGAGCUCUGAUAAGUUUUUUUGUUUACUCUGUUUUUUUUGUUCUUUCUCCACGACACACACUAUGACACCUACUUAUUAGCUAAUAUUUUUUGUCUUAAAAAGGAUUUUGCUGUUGGGCCAAUCACCAGUGGGCGCAAUUUUUAGUGGAAGAUAUUGAUAUACUAUUUCUCUC